AUGUCAGUAGCCCAGGAAGAUGGCCAGGCCGGGGCCGCGGCGGAGAACGCAGGGGAAGACGUCAAGCCUGCAGAUAUACCCCAAGGAGCUGUCGUCAAUGUGAAGGAUCUGCCCUAUAUGCUGGAUUCUGCCUUCCCCCCCUCCUCCCAAAGCCAGUCUGCGACCAGCAGCACCGCCGCCACCCCCUCCCUCUCCCCCAUGCCGACCUUCUCAGACUCUGACCAGGGGCACUCGCAUGGCGCCCCUCCUCUCGCCUCCGUUGUGGCAAACUCCAACGGAGUCAUCGACCAUCACGUCUUGUCUCCUAUUCCAUCCAGCCAGUCGUCUGCAAACCCCGAGCAGCCUCAUCCCGCUGGCAAUGGCCUCGAGGGCACUUUUCCUUUCCCCAACAUCCGCCCCAUCCCUACAGCUUCAAACACCCCCAAUAUGCCUACAUCGAGGUCAUUGACUUCUGACGGCCCUUCUUCACGAGCCUCUCGCACCAACUCUGCACAGGGGCAUGUGAUUGCUCCCAUGCCCCAGCGCCAUGACGCCUCCGCCCCCAGUGUCCGCUCCGCCUCGGCGGGUAAUCACGAACAGCGCGAGGGCAAAGCCGAGGUCCUUACACGACCCAGCAGGUCUAGCUCAGUCGCCAAACCGGGUGAUGGAAAAAAGUCGUUUUUCCACAAAAUGUUUCACCCUGGGGACGCAAAGGCCGCAGACAAGUCCAAGCUGCACCUGGACUUGCCUCGCGAUCCGCCUGCGAAUGGAAGCGUCAGCGGGCGUCCCAGCCCUGGUGUGUCUGCUGGUGCAUCACCGCCUCUCACCCCCAAUGUCUCUGACGACUCGAGGCCGCCUUCGCGGGCUGGCAGUCGAGCGCCUAGCGUCAAAAGACAAAACUCGGCUAUCGGCGAUGCCCAGCCUGUCAUCGACCGCAAGGGCGCAGCUACGCCUCCUGUUGCGCCCCCUCAACCACAAAGACGUCUCUCGCAACGCUCCAAUGGCUCGCCCAGCCGCAAACCUGUGGCCGCGCCUGCGGUAGCGAAAAAGGAUGACGCUGGUGCUCACAAAUUUACCCUCAAGGACCUUGUUGGGCUGGGCGAGAGCAACAAGAUGUCGAGAAAGGCGUCCGGGGCUGGAUCCGCACGGGGUUCAGACCGUGGAUCCACAAGAGGAAGCGAAGCGGGCGAUAAUGCCAGCACCGCCUCUCUCCUCAAAAAGUAUGGUGUCUGUGACCGAGCAGCUAUCGGGAAGGGUGCCACUGCCAUCGUCCGUCUGGCACACAAGUGGGACAGGCGAGAGGAAAAGCUCUAUGCCGUCAAGGAGUUUAGAAAGAGGCGCAAGAAUGAGACGGAGAAGGACUAUGUCAAGAAACUCACUUCGGAAUUCUGCAUCUCCUCGACCUUGCACCACGUCAAUGUCGUCGAGACUGUCGAUCUUGUCCAAGACGAGGCGCAUCAUUGGUGUGAGGUGAUGGAGUAUUGCCCGGGUGGCGAUCUCUACGCUGCCAUCAAGAAGGGGGGCAUGUCCAGUGCCGAAGUCGAAUGUUCUUUCAAGCAGAUCCUGCAGGGUAUUGCCUACCUUCAUUCGAUGGGUGUGGCGCACAGAGAUAUCAAGCCUGAGAAUCUGUUGCUCGAUGGACGAGGACAUGUCAAGAUCACCGAUUUCGGCGUAUCUGACGUCUUCCGGAUGUGCUGGGAGAAAAAGACCCACUUGAGUAAGGGUCUGUGCGGUUCAGAGCCUUACAUUGCGCCAGAGCUUUUCGAGCAAAAGGAAUACGACGCGCGUAUGGUCGAUGUAUGGGCCGCCGCCAUCGUCUUUUACUGUAUGCAAUUCCAAGAACUUCCCUGGAGAGUCGCCAAACCCAGCGAUUCUACCUUUGCUGCCUACGUACAGGCCUACAAGCCUCUCGCCUCCGUUGAGGGCUCCCACACUCCCGUCCAUCAUGGCACCCCUCCUCCGCUCAACAAUCUCAUCCCAAGAGAAUGUAGGAACAUCGUCAAGCAUAUGCUUGAUCCCGACCCCAAGACGAGGUGGACAGUGGAGGAGGCGUUGAAGGACAAGUGGUUGGCAGGUGUGCAGGUGUGCUGGGAAGCCGAGGGGGGCGCCGGUCAUUCGCAUACGACUGCGGGGAUGGAUGUGGUGAAGAUUUAG